UUUCAUCUGGGAAUAUAUUUGCGUACAAUUGUUCUGUCUUGCCCUAGGCAUUCACCAAUAUCAUAAUAUUUAUGGACAACAACUCUUCAAAAACUAAUCCAGAGUUGGGUUUCCCAGGAAAUCUUGGUUUGCACCGUCACUCCACUACGUUUAGGCAAUUGCUGGCUUGCAUAGAAAUGGAGACUGGUCUAUUCAUUAAGAGAACAUUGAUGGUGGUGUUAUUUUGUCUGUGGGUGCCCAUGAAAGUCAUGGCUAGGACUGGAAAUGCUAGUGUUUCUUCCUCAAAGCCGAAUGUAGUGAAUAUUGGAGCUCUAUAUACCUUGAAUUCUGUUAUUGGACGAUCAGCAAGGCCAGCAAUUGAAGCUGCGGUUGAUGAUGUCAAUUCCGAUUCAACUGUUCUUGUUGGGAUGAAAUUGAAUAUUAUUUUGCAUGACACGAAUUGCAGCGGCUUCCUUGGAACCAUGGAAGCUUUGCAAUUGAUGGAGAAUGAUGUGGUUGCUGUAAUGGGCCCUCAGUCCUCCGGAAUAGCUCAUGUUAUUUCUCACGUUGUCAAUGAACUUCAUGUGCCGCUCCUGUCAUUUGCGGCAACAGACCCAACGCUUUCGGCAUUGCAGUACCCUUACUUCCUCCGCACUACACACAGUGACUAUUUCCAAAUGUAUGCAAUAGCUGAUCUGAUUGAAUUUUAUGGCUGGAGGGAGGUAGUCGCCAUCUUUGUUGAUGAUGAUCAUGGAAGGAAUGGAAUUUCCGUAUUAGGUGAUGCCCUUGCAAAGAAGCGUGCCAAGAUUUCUUACAAGGCUGCCUAUACUCCCAGAGCCUCUAGAAGUGACAUCAAUGACUUGUUAGUUCGAGUAAAAAUGAUGGAAUCCCGAGUUUAUGUUGUUCAUGUUAAUCCCGACUCUGGCUUGACAAUUUUUUCUGUGGCAAAGUUGCUUCAGAUGUUGACCACUGGCUAUAUUUGGAUUGCUACAGAUUGGCUUCCUUCUGUGUUAGAUUCAUCAGAAUCAGUUGAUUCUAACACAAUGAAUCUCUUACAAGGGGUUAUUGCACUUCGCCAUCACACCCCAGAUUCUGAUCUCAAAAAGAGUUUUACAUCUAGGUGGAAAAACUUAAAAUAUAGGAACACCUCAAGCUUCAAUUCGUAUGCACUCUAUGCUUAUGAUUCCGUUUGGCUACUUGCCCGUGCACUUGAUGUUUUCUUUAGUGAAGGAGGAAAAAUCUGGUUCUCCUACGACCCUAGGUUGCACAACACUAAUGGAAGCACAUUGCACUUGACAGGACUUCGUAUUUUUCAGGAAGGCCAAAAACUGCUCCAGAUACUUCUUGGAAUGAAUUUCACAGGUCUAACUGGUCAGAUUCAAUUUGACUCAGAGAAGAAUUUAAUUCUUCCAGCAUUUGAUAUUCUUAACAUUGGUGGGAAUGGGUCUCAGAGGAUUGGAUACUGGUCAAACUAUUCUGGUCUUUCUGUCAUUGCUCCUGAAAUAUUGUAUAUGAGGUCCCCAAAUACUUCUAUCAGUAACCAACAUCUUGACAAUGUAAUAUGGCCUGGAGAAACUACAAAACAACCUCGGGGGUGGGUGUUCCCUAACAAUGGAAAGCCUUUGCGAAUUGUAGUGCCUUACAGAGUAAGCUAUUUAGAAUACGCAACCAAAGACAAGGGUCCCCUUGGGGUGAAAGGAUAUUGUAUUGAUGUCUUUGAAGCUGCAGUAAAAUUGUUGCCCUACGUUGUACCACACACGUAUACGUUAUACGGUGAUGGUUUGAGAAACCCUUCCUACAACAAUCUUGUGAACGAUGUCGCCGAAAAUAAAUAUGAUGCAGCUGUGGGAGACAUUAUAAUUAUUACAAACAGGACAAGGAUUGUAGAUUUUACGCAGCCUUACAUGGAAUCUGGACUUGUCAUAGUUGUUCCUGUCAAAGAGAGAAAAUCUAGUGCUUGGGCUUUUCUCAGGCCAUUUACUGUGGAAAUGUGGUGUAUCACUGGCCUUUUUUUCCUUUUUGUCGGAGUAGUUGUUUGGAUUUUUGAGCAUCGAAUGAAUGAUGAAUUCCGUGGUCCACCAAGUCAACAAGUUACAACAAUCUUCUGGUUCAGUUUCUCAACAAUGUUUUUUGCACACAGAGAGAACACUGUGAGCGCCCUGGGACGUUUGGUGCUGAUCUUAUGGCUCUUUGUAGUGCUAAUUAUCAAUUCAAGCUACACAGCUAGCUUGACAUCAAUCCUCACGGUGCAACAGCUGGCGUCAAAUAUUGAAGGGCUUGACAGCUUGAUCUCAAGUACGGAUGCAAUUGGAGUUCAAGAUGGAUCAUAUGCAUACAAUUAUCUGAUUGAAGAGCUCAACGUAGCAGAGUCUAGAAUCAAAACAUUAAAAAACCAGGAAGAAUAUGUUGAUGCCCUUCACAAAGGUCCAAAAGCAGGCGGUGUAGCUGCAAUUGUUGAUGAGCUUCCUUACAUUGAGCUCUUAUUGUACAAGACCAACUGCAAAUUUAGAACCGUGGGACAAGAAUUUACUAAAAGCGGAUGGGGAUUUGCAUUUCAGAGAGACUCUCCUCUUGUGGUGGACUUGUCAACUGCUAUUCUACGGCUCUCAGAGAGUGGUGAUCUCCAAAGAAUCCACGAUAGAUGGAUAUCGCUCGAUAGGUGCUCUGCGCAAGUCAACCAAGCCGAUCAAAACGUCCUGUCUCUCAAUAGCUUCUGGGGCCUAUUCCUUAUUUGUGGCACAACAUGCUUCCUUGCCCUUACAAUAUUUUUCUGCAAGUUAUGCUGGCAGUAUCGCAGGUUCACCCCGGAGGAUGAGGAACAGGAUAUGGAUGAGCCUGAAUCUAUUAGGCCUAAAAGCACAUCGCGAAUGACUAGCUUCACGGGUUUUGUUGAUAAGAAAGAACAUGAGGUCAUGGAAUCAAUUAAGCGAAAGAGUGAUAGCAAACAACAAGCAAGCCAACAUUCUCAUGCGUAGCUUGGUUCACCUUCUAAGUAAAUUUUAAUCCAUGGGUUGAUUGCUUUUUCAAACCUCCUGCCCUUGUUAAGUAUAUUAUCAAUACAAAAUCUCAUAUUCUGUUAUACAUGUUUCAACCCCUUGAUACUGAAAGUUAGGCAGCUAUGAUGAAAAUGUCAUGUAUAGGAUCUAUGGAGAAACUGAGAAAAAUUUUCCAAGGCCAUUUCUUUUCUUUUCUUUUCUUUUCUUUUCUUUUUUUUGUUAUACAAUUAUGUUUGUA